CACUGCCAGCAGAACGUGUGGAACAAGCCUCAGAUGAAAUCUGUGCCAUGUGAUCUGUGCAAAGAGGUGUUGAUGGUGGUGGAGCAGCUUUUGAAGGACAAUGCCACAGAGGGCGAACUCCUCGGAUACAUGGAGAAGGCCUGUCAGCUGAUCCCUGAUGAGGGCCUGGCUGACCAGUGUAAGGAGCUUGUUGACAACUACUUACCCAUUCUCAUGGGCAUCAUCGAAGGAGAGCUGGAUGACCCCGGUGUGGUGUGCAGUGCUAUGGGCCUGUGUGUGUCCCAGCAGGCAACUCUGGCUAAAGCUCAGCUCAUGUCCAAUGAGAUCCCUGAGGUGGACCUGAACCAGCGUGUCAACCCCUUCCUGCUCAACAUCCCUCAGCUGCUUUACCCUCAAGAGAAUACCAAGAAGGAGACCCCCAAACAGACUGGUGGAGAUGUGUGCCAGGACUGUGUUACGUUCAUCUCUGACACUCAGGAGGACGCCAAAGCCAAUUCCUCAUUUAUCAACACUCUACUCGCACGGGUGGAGAGCCAGUGUGAGCUGCUGGGACCUGGCAUGUCUGAUAUGUGCAAGGAGUACAUUAGCCAGUAUGGACCAUUGGUCUUUCAACAGCUUAUGUCUAUGGUAAGUGAUUUUUGCUUUUUUUUUUUUUUUUUUAUUCUGGUGCAAGUACGUGACUCUCCUCAGUGUGCCAUCUGUGAGUUUGUGAUGAAGGAAAUUGAGGACAUGGUUCAGGAUCACACAUCUGAGGAAGAGAUUGUGCAGGCUGUGGAGAAAGUCUGUGACAUUUUACCCUCCACGCUCACAGCUCAGUGCAAGGACCUGAUUGAUACCUACGGCCAGGCCAUCAUUGAACUGCUUGUGCAGGAGGCCGAUCCAAAAACCAUCUGCUCUUUCCUUGCUCUCUGCAAUGGGGUCAGCCAUGUCUCUGUAAUGGACAAGCAACGAUUUGAGGCGGGUGGCUUCUGUGAUGUGUGUAAGAUGGCAGUGCAUUAUGUGGACGGGAUCCUGGAGCAGAACGCCACUCAGGCCGAGAUCGAGGAGGCUGUGCUAAAGGUCUGCGACUUCUUGCCUGAUGCUGUCAGAGAUGAGUGUAACCAGCUCAUUGAGCAGUAUGAGCCUCUGCUGGUGCAGCUGCUGCUCCAGACGCUGGAUCCUGACUUUGUCUGCAUGAAGCUGGGAGCAUGUCCUGAGGCAGUGCAGAGGCUGCUGGGAUUGGAGCAGUGCAGCUGGGGACCAUCAUACUGGUGUAAGAAUGUGGAGACCGCUUCUCGCUGUAACGCCUUGGACCACUGCAGGCGUCACGUGUGGAGCUAAAGAAUGAGCAGAGCGUUCCACAAUCUUCGGAAACUAAAGGGGAAUUGCUGUAGAGCUGCUUUUCUGUUGUGAAAUCAAUAUUUGGGUUUUCUUUAAAAAGUGACAACGGUCAGCUAAUUUAACAGCCUUGUUUCAGGGGAAAGAAAGCUUUUACUGAAAGGACGUGUGUAUUUUGAGGGGGUUGGGAAUGGCAGGUGUAGUUAUAUGGGAAAUACUUGCACUGAAACUGUUUUGUUUGGCGCUAUUUUGGGGACUUGUUUUUAGAAGUAAUAUUCUUAGUUGUACAACAUUGGUUUCUUUAAAUAUGCACAGAGCAUGAGUUCAUAUGGAAAUAGAUUGUGCUUUUAUCAGAAGAGGUGGUCGGUGACCCCUGAGAAUGAAGAUGAAAUGCUUUGGAUGCUCUAAUACCCCUGCCUCCCUCUUUAACUGCAAAUGCACCUGCAAGGCCAGUGAUUUAAAUCUUUGUUUUUAAUGGGUGACACUUUUGGUCCUAAUGGAAGUCAAUUCUCUUUAACUGUCAUUUUGUCUAUUAAUGAUCUGAAGGGGGCAGUGAUGUUGACAUUCUUCAUUUGUUCCCACUAACUGAUGGCCGUCACUGAUUGAUCGGUCACUGCUACCUAAAUGUCAGAUUUUAUCCUUGUGCUUCACACUGUUCAGACUGAGCCUUUUGUUUUUGUUUUUUUUAA